AUGGACGUCGUCGCCGUCGUGACCGGCACCACCGGCCAAGGAAUUCUCCCGGUCGCAGAGUCCCGCCAACCUCUAAGCCUAUUUAAAACUAGCCAGAUCGGGUGCAUCCGAGGAGAGGAGGGAUUAGUUCAGGGAAGUAGUGAUUCCAGUGAUGCUGAUGUCAAGAACAUAUUGGAUGAGGGGACUGUUGGGAAGAGUGAGAACGGAUUGAGGAUGAAUUCAGGUGGUGAUGCAUAUGCCGAAUCUAUUUUACUACAGAGAGCGCAGGAAUCUCUUGAGAAUGAGAUUGAAAACUCUGUGGUGGUUAGGAAGGAAUCAACUGAUGAUUUUGAUGCACAUGAUGAUGGAUGGAGCGAGUUGCUCCACCUUGAGGAACCUGUGGAGGAGGGAAAGGGAAAGGAUCUCGAGUCAAAACUGGAACAGUCAUCAACACUGAUCAACGAGAAAGAUUCAAGAAUACUUGAGCUGGAAGCCCUCGGCAGGACAAGGGUGUGGAGAUGUGCAAUACAAAGUAUCAACAACCUGAUCUUGAAGAGCUCUCUAUGAGCAGCAGAAAUGUCUGCUCAGUGACUACAAGCAGCUCGAACUCAAACUAAGUCCAUCAAAGAACCGGGCACAAGCCAAAAGAGCUCUCAGCGAGUCUUGAUUUUAUUUUUGGUUCUCUUCUAACAUUUUUAUAACCUUUUUUUACCUUGUUGGAGUACAGUUGCUAAGUAGUUAACAAAUUUGAUUAGUUUGAUAUGUGGAAUUCAGUGACGCAAAUAUAAGUUAUCUCAAUUUUUUUUACCAAAUGAUGUGUUUAUUGGACCGAGUCAUAAUGGAACACUUAGCGGUUGCUUAUAUUUUAAUAAUAUUUUAAAAAUAUUUUACCAAAUGAUGUGUUUAUAUUUUAAUAAUAUUUUGGUUUGCUUAUAUGCAUCGCUGUCCCGUGGCAACGC